AUGGCUGUCCAUUCUAAAAACGAAGUGUUGAUGUGCAAGGUUUUCCCAUCUAGCUUAAGACCAGUGGCGAUGAGGUGGUUCAAUGGCUUAAAGACGAAUUCUAUAGAUUCGUAUAGGCAGCUAACCCAAGCUUUUGGCUCCCGUUUCGUUACAAACAGCAGAGCUCCUCAGCCCUUGAGUGCUUUAGUGUCGUUAUCCAUGCAUGAUGGAGAAACUCUAAAGGCCUACUUGGAUAGAUAUUGGGAGAUGUAUAAUGAAAUGGAUGACGAUUUUGACGAUGUCGCCAUCAGCACCUUCAAAAAUAGCCUCCUAGCCGAGCACAGCUUGAGGAAGUCUCUGACUGGCAAGCUUGCCACCAGUGUGCACCAACUGAUGGAUCAGAUCGAUAAGUAUAAACGAGUAAAGGAAGACCAGCUGUACUCAACUCCAACUUUGCAAGGAAAUGGACAGGCUGAGGCUGUCAACAAGGUCAUAGUCAAUGGGCUUAAGAAGAGACUAGAUGAUGCCAAGGGAAGAUGGGUAGAAGAGCUGCCGCACGUCUUAUGGACUUACUGGACUACACCACAACGGUCAACAAGGGAGACACCUUUUGCCAUGACCUACGGGGCCCAGGUUGUUAUCCCUCUAGAGGUAAGCUUCCCAACGCUAAGGACGAGCUCCUUCACUCCAGGCAGUAAUGAUGAACUACUAGGGAAAAGCCUAGAUUUGAUCGAUGAAUGA